AUGACCGAGAUCCUCUCCAACAUCAAGACCAUCAAGCUCUACGGCUACGAAUCUGGUUUCAAGACUAAGGUCGAAGCCUUCCGUGACAAGGAGAUCAUUCUCCUGCGCAAGGCUGGCCUUGUCAUGUCCUUUCUCUCGAUCGUCUUUACCUUCUUUGCGACCGUUGGCGGCCCAAACUUUACCCCCGGUGUCAUGAACGCCCAGGUGGUCUUUGUCUCGCUGAGCUUGUUUGGUCUCCUUCAACGCCCUAUCGCAUCCAUGUCCAACGUCACAGAGGCAACAGUUUCUCUUCGUGUCUCGACCCGUCGUAUCCAAAAGUUCUUACUCAAGGAGGAGCUCGACUCUUCUGCUGUCCUUCGCGACCCAAUUUUGCCCGAGGACGCCAAGGUUCCCGUCAUUCAGAUUCAGGACGCCACUUUUGCCUGGACCAGCGAGGACCCUUCCGUUGUUGCCAAGGAUGAUAGCGACGAUGAUGAAGAAGAGGAAGUGGCAGACGAGACUACUUCACUCUUGGCUGCUGACCGUGCUGAGUCCUCAGCCCCUACUCUUGUCGACAUCAACGUCUUUAUUGCUCGCGGCCAGUUGGCCGCUGUCGUGGGUCGCGUCGGUCAGGGCAAGUCGUCGCUUUUGAGCGCCAUCAUCGGAGACAUGUACAAGCGCCAAGGAUCGGUCAAGGUCUAUGGCUCCGUCGCCUAUGUCAGUCAGCAAGCUUGGAUCUGCAACGCCACUGUCCGCGACAACAUUGUCUUUGGCAAGCCCUUUGAUAGGGAAAGAUACGACCGUGUCCUCUUCGCCUCUGGAUUGCUCCCCGACCUCGAGAUCCUUGCUGCUGGCGAUAUGACCGAGAUUGGGGAGCGUGGUAUCAAUCUCUCUGGUGGUCAGAAGCAACGUGUUUCUUUGGCCCGUGCUGCCUAUCAGGAUGCUGAUGUUUAUCUCAUGGAUGACCCUCUGAGCGCCGUCGAUGCCCAUGUUGACCAGCACCUCUGGGAACACUUGAUUGGACCCAAGGGUCUCCUCAAGAACAAGACCCGCCUCUUGGUUACCCACGGUAUUCACCACUUGGAGCAUGUCGACCAUAUCUUGGUUGUCAAGGAUGGCAAGAUUACUGAAUCUGGACACUACAAGCACUUGAUGGCUGCCAAGAAUGCCUUCCAUCAGCUCAUCAAAGACUUUUCGGUCAGUCACCACAAGAAGAACGGUGGUGCGGCUGCUAAUGUAGUCGCUGGUACCUCUUCGCCGGCUGCUGGCAGUGACGAGGAUGAGACUGGAACUGUUGUUGGCGCUCAGGAGAAUGACAAGAAGGACGGUAAUGGCGAGGAUGCUGAUGGUGAGCUUGUCAAGGACGAAGAAGCUCAUUCUGGCAUCGUUGGCUGGGACACCUUCAAAGUCUACUGUGAGGCCAUGUAA